AUGGCUUUGUGUCUGGGUCAGGUGUUCAGCAAAGACAAAACCUUCCGGCCUAGGAAACGUUUUGAACCUGGCACACAGCGUUUCGAAUUGUAUAAGAAGGCCCAAGCCUCACUCAAGUCUGGCCUGGACCUGAGGAAGGUGGUUCAGUUGCCCGAGGGUGAGAACCUCAGUGACUGGAUUGCCGUGCACGUGGUGGAUUUCUUUAACAGAAUCAACCUGAUCUAUGGCACAGUCAGCGAAUAUUGCACAGAACGUAGCUGUCCGAUCAUGUCCGGUGGCCUCAGAUAUGAGUACAGGUGGCAGGAUGGUGACGACUACAGGAAACCCACCAAGCUGCCUGCCCUCAAGUACAUGAACUUGAUGAUGGACUGGAUAGAGUCACUCAUCAACGAUGAGGAAAUCUUCCCUACCAGAGUAGGUGUGCCCUUCCCCAAGAAUUUCCAGCAGGUGUGCAAGAAAAUCCUGAGCCGGCUCUUCAGGGUGUUUGUGCACGUGUACAUCCAUCACUUUGACAGCAUCUGCAGCAUGGGUGCCGAGGCCCACAUCAAUACCUGCUACAAGCACUACUACUACUUCAUCUCUGAGUUCAACCUCAUCGACCACUCUGAACUUGAGCCACUGAAAGAGAUGACUGAUAAGAUUUGCAAUUAA